UAAACAGUCUGCUUUCCUGAUACAAAUCGAAACUUUCGUGUGCCAGCAAAAUUUCGCCAAUAAAGAGUAUUUGCAUCGACAAAAUAUUAGCGUAACGCUAAUGCUCUCCUGAUACAAAUCGAAACUUUCGAGUGCCAUCAAAAUUUCACCAAUAGAGAGCAUUUGCAUCGAUAAAAUAAUAGUGUAAGGCUAAACUCCUGCUCGGAAUAUUUGGUCGGUACCUAGUCAAACAUUCUGCUCUCCUGAUACAAAUCGAAACUUUCGGGUGCCCGCAAAAUUAGAGAGCAUCUGUAUCGAUAAAAUAAUAGCGUAACGCUAAACUCGAUUAGAUAGGAUUAUUGGUAAGAUAAUCUUACGGAGCCCACGAUUAUACUAAGUGAGAUUUCAGCGCAGUUUUUAGGUCUUCAGCUUUAAUUUUUCAAUGAAUAACGGCAUGAGACGAUUUUCCGGUCUCUUAAGCAAUCUUUUGUGCCAUGUAGCGUAUUUAAACUGUAGGCAGAUACACCUUGCUAUCUCCGCUACGAAGUUGCAUUAAGUGUGGGCGAAAAACAUGUUCAAAUUCCUCAUGUUACAAGCGUGUUUGCUUAGAGUGAGUGUGAGUGAAUGGAUUGAGAUAACUCAAUUUUCCAAUCCGAAUCGUCAUCAGAGUGUCAACUCGAAUACUGCUUCAAACACUACUAUUCCCAGUUUUUAUUUUACCUUGAAUGAUCCCACGGAGCAGACCAAAGAAGCAUCUCGAGUUGAAUCAACGCAUGUUGCGGAUGAUGCAGAGUUAUUGGUGGAAAACGGCCAGCUUGCAGAAGCACCCUCGACAUUCAUAAAUGCCUUAAACAAUAUUCAAAGCCACUUGAUGGAUUUCAAGGGAAAAUCUCUGCAAGUUAAGGUGCAGCACUUGGAAAAGCUGAAGAACGAUCUACUGCACGACAUCAAGCAUCGCAUAUCUGGUUGGUCUUCUGUAGUGGAUGGUCAAGACAAAUUUGAGUCCAGGCUCUACAAGAACUCCUAUUUCGAUGAACAUCACAUGGAUUAUCCCUCAAAUGAAAGUGCCUUGAUGACGAUCGGAUUUUUGACUUUCGCAGUUUUUUUAAUCAAGUUAGUCCUGAAAUUAAUUUACGCCCUCAAGAUGAAACAGCAGUUUCACUACCAAACAACCACCACGCCAGCCAGCAUAUUUUUGAAAAAUGUGCGGCGCGACGAUGAUCAAUCGACUCGAAUCAUGCAGUAUCUUGAAGAAUAUUCCCCGGUGUCGAAUGAAUGAUUUAGGCGAUUAUAAGGAAACAACUUGUUAACGGUUAGGAAAAUAAAUAAUAUCUUUCUUUUAUUAAACUAGUUCAGGUAUAGUCACUUUUACAAUUAUGUUACACGAUAAAAUCCUAGGGUUUUGUUAGGUACAUAUACAGGGUGUGAGUAAAUUCCGAAAUUUUUCAACCAGUCAAAAAACGAAACUUUCCGCCUACAGUCUAUAAUUCGAAUCUCAAAUUAGCACAACUUAUCUUUUAUUUUAUUUCAACAAUCUAAAAUUGAUUUGAAAGCGAUGGUUUUCUCUAUGUAUAUCCAAUUUGUUUAAAAUAAAGAUUCGCUGAAAAAUGUACAAAAUCGGAAAAAAAUAGAGACCUAAAGCGUGUAACUUUCUUAUCAAUCUCAAAAAUUCAAAAGUUUGUUAAGUAAAGUGCGUUAAAAAUGCGCUGAAUUUAUCUUUACUCCACCGUUUUGAAAAUUCAAAUCCGUUAUAAAAUGUGGAAGUUAUGUGGCAAAUUCUAUUUACAGUCCGGCACCAAAAAGUACAUAACUUCCUUAUUAUGCACUUAGUUAGGAAAAUCUAACAUUUGCUUGAAAGAGGACUACUUUUUAUAUAAUUUGCUUUUCGGAAAAUUUAAAUCAAUCGAAAAACGUGAACGUUUUGCCAUAAAUUCUGUUCGGA